AUGUCCAUCGCGGCGAGUUUCUUAGAUAAUCCCCUGCUGAAAGUGAGCCGACCGGUUGCCGCUUGCUCAAGAUGUCGCACCGCGAAGAUCAGAUGUGACGGCAAGCUCCCCGCAUGCUCGGCUUGCGAAAGGGUGAACAAGGCGAGCUCGUGCUCCGGCGCGAGCGACGAAUUUGCCAAGGGAAAAGAGCGGAGUUAUGUCGCGUCACUGGAAGGAUACUGCGAGAAGCUGGAAAAGAAGAUUGCGGAGUCGCGUGCCCGGUCAAGCUCGCUGUCCGUCGAGGGGAAUGGGAUCGCUCGGGAGAUGUCGAUCACCUCGACCUCGUCCGAAGGUCCAUUAGGUCCUGCACACCGCAGAGAGGUUUCGGACAUUGAUGACUUGGUGGGCGAUUUUGGUUUCCUCUCGGUCAAUGCGACUUCGCGAGACUUCCACGGUAUCUCCUCGACUACCUCCUUUGCCAACCUCCUCCUCUCGGUCGCCCUAGCCGAUUCGCCGCCACCAUCCUCUUCAUAUUCACUACCUCCGCGACACGAGGUGACCCCGUUGCUACAACACUACUUCGAUAAUGUUUUUGUGCAGCUACCGUUCUUUGUCGAAACGAGCUUUUGGACCUCGGUAGAUGCAGUGUAUCAGUCAGGCGGCCGGUUCGCCAAACCUUUCGACCAUUGGAUAUUGCGCAUGGUUCUCGCCAUCUCUUCCGCAUCGGUGUCAUACCAUUACAAUGAUAAGAGCCAUCAAAGGGCAUGGGCUCUCGUCACGGAGGCGUUGACACACGCCGAGGAAGUCCUUCGCCCCGGUUCAAUUACAGGGAUCCAAGCGAUCCUAUUGCUGGCCCAGUAUUCUUUGGUUGACCCGGCACGGUUUCGGGCGUGGUACCUGGUCGGAAUGGCUGUUAAGGUUGCCGUCGAUCUCGGCUUGCAUCAGGACCCUCCUACCGAGGUUGGGACUGAGGUCGACCGUCUUGAUCUCCGUCGCCGUGUGUUCCAUUGCAUCUACUGUCUAGACAGAGGAUUGAGUACUGCCAUGCGGAGAACCUUCUCGUUCUCUGAUGGAUCUGUAAACGUCGCAUUGCCAUCAAUCACCACAUCGCCGGGGGCGCCCAUAGAGCAGAGCCACAUUUUCUUACGCAGUCCAGAACCUGCUUUGCAUAUUGUCAAGAUCCGACAGAUCCUAUCUGCGGGCUAUCAAGAGAUGCAUUGCAAUGGGCGCGAUCCGUCCCCGCAGGCCCUGCCUCUCAUCUGGACUUUAUGCUGGCGAGCACGGGAGUGGUUUCACCAAUGCCCCAAGAACGCCCCCAACCAUUUCUCACUCCUGUACCGACUCGAAUUAUUAUAUACCAUCAUUAUCCUUCUCUCUCCCUCAUACCGAUACCCAGUCCUCCACGAAUACAACAAAGCCCUCCUCUUCGACCGCUGCAUGGACUACAUCAGCCAGAUUCACCAGGUUCUGGAAAAUCCCAGCGUUCUGCCCUUCCUGACAUACCUGGACAUCCAGCGUGUCCACCAGGUCGGUCGAUUAUUCGUCAAUGUCUUGUCCGAGAACUACGACCAGCUCAUCAGCACCACUGUCCCAGCACCCCCGCCCGUCCCCGCCGGGAGUCCGGACCCACCAGUACUGGCCGAUGAAGACCUGUUCAAUUGCCAUGCCCGCGCCAUCCGCUGUCUCUCUUACAUCCGCGACUUGCUCAAGUACUGCGUCAGAAAGUGGGACUUGCACGGGCAUAUAGAACAGUUCGAGAUCGAGUCGGCGUCUGUGGAGCAGACUCUCAUGGACGGCUCGAAGGGAUAUAUGUCGGGCCAGGGGAUCUCCAAUCAUGACCCGUCAUCCGGAAUGCCGCCGGCCGGCGAUACGUACUCGGGGUACCAGCUUGGGUUAUAA